GCUACAGCAGCAGCUCCAGAGACACCAGGAACUUCGCUCCAGUGUGGGGAGCGCCAGGCUCCCCUGCCUCCUGCCUCUGCUGGCAGCCCCCCUCGCUGCGCUGCUUGUCUGACCGGAGCCAGGCAGGGAGCAGAGUCAGGACUGAGUCCCCCAGCUGAGAGACCGGGACUCUCCCAGGGAAUAAGCAGCACUGGACCCUGUGGCCGGCACAUGCUCCUCGUGGAGGAAGCCUCGUCUCCUGCCAGAGGACUGUUUACUGAGGGGGGGGCUGUGACGGACGAGGGGGACGCAGCGACAAGUCCAUGGAUGGAGAUGACCCUGCACUACAGUUUAGACACGUCACCCAAAGCCCCAGAUGACAGUUGCAGCAAGUUGGGCCUGUGACAUCCUACUUGGGUAGGAAACACCAAUGGACUGCCGACAUUUUUUCAGAGGUGGCCACUGAUUUGGGGUGCCCGGUUUUGGGGUGCCCCUGGCCCCCACACGAGUCAUACCCAGUCUGGGACCUAGCAACAGCUCUCACGCUUAGUGGGAGGGAGGGGGAUUAAAGUGACUAACAAACCAGCCCUCGGCCGGGAGAACGUUUGCAGAAUAAAUAGGCUUUGCUAUUCACCAUGCGUCCCACUCCCAUUCUGCGCAGGGGUCAGUUUUGAGUGGUCUGGGUUUGCCAUCACGGGGCCUGCUGGGAGCACAGGGAACAGAGUGUCGGAGCUACAGGGUGGUAGGGAUGGAAGCUCCUUGUGUGGAAUGGGAAAUACCAGCCCUCUGCAGUCGCAGCCUCCGUCUGGGUCUUGUUCUGCGCCCUAGGAUGCCCCACAGAUCUCUGAGCGAUGCUGCUCUCUGCCUGCUUGGCGUGCAAGUGAGAUAAACCAUUAUCUGCCACUGUCUGCAGCGCCCCUCACUCUGAAAAGCUGGGAGGGAGGAAAGAUGCACCAGCCCAAGGAUCCUUCCCCCUGUCAGCAUGGUGCAUUAAGGAAAGGACUUCCUCUAAAGCACCAGGCCUGGGCCAGUGCUAGAGGCAGGAUACAGGAAUGGCUGGACCAGGGCGCCGAGCUAGCAUCUGCAGCGGUGAAGAUGUUUCACCAACCAGCUGGCCUCACCCCUGCUAUAAUUAUCUCUUCCUGAGGCACCAGCCGACUCGCACGUGAAGGAAAAGUCUCUCUUGAUUCUGCCUCCUUCCAGGGCAGAGGCCAACAGGCCGGAUCCCAAGCCUGGGUUUGGUCUGCAACUAAGGCUGGACUCUCCCUCCCCUCCCGCUCUCAGGAGCACACGUGAUUGCUCUAGAAACUACUGAAUGAAAACAGGUGGCGCUCCCCAGACGGGGGCGUUCUCAGCCACAAGCUACUGUACCGGCCAGUCACCCCACAGGAGAGCGAACGCCGCUUCCUGCCCUGCGUGGCACCACUGGCUCAGCCUGGGGUCUCGGCUUUUAAUUCCUCCCGACGGUUCAAACCAAAGAAUCAGACGCUGGCUCGAGCUAGGGGCUGUACACGUGUCCACUAGCCAGCUCUGCUGCUGCCCUUCGAUCCUGACCCAUGGUCCCCUCCCCUAUCCCAGCCCUGGGCACCCCCUGGCUUUGUCGGUGCCCCCCAAUCCCAAGUCACAGCCCCCUGCUAUUCUAGCCCUGAGCUGCCCCCGUUAUUCCAGUUGUAGCAUCCCCCUGCAUUCCCAGCUCUCUGUAAGGGAGGGCCCAUGGAGACUCAGCCCUUGGCUCCCCACAGCCUAGGGGCAGCCAGCCCCCUCCCCUUUAGACCCACCCCUGAACAAGCCCCAGUUGAGGGGUUCCCUCCAGGCUCAAGGCAGGUUCCCCUCCUGCUUCAUCCUGAGGAUUUUAACCCCUUCCUCUCCCUGCUGGCCUGGGGCGUGCACAUCCCACUGCAAUCCCCCCUCUUUGGGGAGCUCAGAGCCCCCCAGGGCCCAGUCCGAGGCCCGCUCCAGGAUGUGACAAUUCUAUAAUGGUCCGUGGGCCGUGACCUGCGGAAACCAGAGGCAGGAGCUUUUUUGGUCAAGGAAGCCCACACGUAGUAAUUAAAGUGAGACAGGCAGUGACCUGGCUGCCGGCUCCCCGCACACGGCAGCAGCAGUUACAGGCAGCAGGUCGCGGCACCAUGGACCCCUCAGUGACCAAAGCCACCCUGAAGGUGCUGGGGCUGUGCGUGGUCCUGCUCUUCCUGGUCGCCGCGGCGACGGUCUCCGUGGCGGUGAUGAUGUGGCACUCGGAGGCAGUACGGAGGCUGCAGGGCUGCCGGGAGCAGGCAGCCAAUGAGACCUCAGCCCUGGGGGGCCGCGUGGCCGAGCUGGAGCGGGACGUGGCCGAGCUCACGGGGCGGCUGCAGGAGGACGCCCAGAAGAAGCAGCAGCUUCAGAAGCAGCUUGGCCAGGCCAAGGAUGAGGGCAGGAAGCUCAAAGCCACCUUGCUGUCCUGCCAGGAGCGUGAGAGCACGCUCUCCGCCAACGUGACAGCCCUGCGGAACGCGCUCACCGCCAUUCAGCUGGAGGGCACCGAGAUGGACACCAGAAACAUUGCCUUGCAAGCGGAGCUGACCCAGUGGCAGGGGAAAGCCGCGGAGCAGGAGCUGCGGCUGGAGCAGGCGCUGCAGCAACACCGGGCGUCGGAGGCGCGGAGGGGGCAGUGCGAGGCCCGGCAGAGCGAGCUGGAGCGCAGCAUGCGGGACUACAGGGCCGAAAUUGACUCCCUCCAGCGGCGGCUGAGCUCCCGAGCUACCAGACGCAGGUGCCCCCCAUUCUGGUAUUUUGUGUGGGUGCUGGCAAGCACUUCUUGCUUUAUUUUCUCGCUCGAAGGGUUGAAAUCUUACAUCUGAAGCAUCUAGGGGAAGCCAGGCUUAAAGGAGAUGACAGGGCUCGUGAGCAACCAUUUCUGAUCCCCCCCCACCUUCUACAGAGCGGGGCACGCUGCAGCUCCACACCAGAGACCGCUGCAAUGACCCGAAAACAGCUGCAGCACGGAACGGCCCCGUCCCGCCCCAGAAUCCAGCAGCCGCCUCCUGCAACUGGAAUAGCCAUAAACUAAUUGAAAAGACUCCGAGUCCACUGGAUCCUUCUAGGCUGAGGCACUCCAAGGAAUGCUGGGAAAUCUGUCAUUGUACCGUUCAGAGUCUGCGGCAUGGACCCCUCGCUCUCUCUCUGUGUGUCCUGGCUCCAUUCUGUCUCCCUCUCCCUGCUCCCUCCUUCGCGACAUGCUUCUGCCUGGAGUCUACUGACCUCUGCACAGUGUGGGCUUGCGUCUAAGCUGCCUGGUGUCAUUCUUGAUCGUAUAAUCUACUCACCGCGAGGAAAUCAGACCACCUGGUGCUAAUUUCCCCUCUGGGGCUGGACUCACCCAUGAGGGAGUCUAACCAGCAUUUAAUAGCCUGUGUUUGUAUGCAGAUCUGCUCAUUAAUAUUUAAAAAGUAGCUGCUUGAUGGGUCUCAUUAGUGACACCAGCACCACGCCAAGGAGCAGGUA